UCGUACCCCUCAGUCUCGUCGAAGUCGUGACACGAGUGCCAGGUUAACUCUUGUCGAUAAGAAAAAUUGCUCAAUCAUUUCACUUCCAGUGACUAAUCUGACAAGUCAAUAAUUCAAUUAAUCACAGUAAGUAUUAGGUUGUUGUUUUUAAUAUGCUGGAGGUACUUUGCGAAGUGCCAAAAGUGGGCUACGGAUUAUCCCUGCUGACUGUUGGCUAUUUAGUUUAUUAUCUCCGGGAGGCUGUCAAGCCACCGCAGUUGAUUUGUGCUGAAGGCCCAUUUCGUACCUUCAUUGAGGAGAAUGUGGCAAUUAUCUGGAGUAACUUCUGGCCGGCAUUCUGGUGCUAUGAGGCACGAGCGCAAACGGUUUUAGCGAGUAUUUUACGGACUAUCACUCUACCCCACGUAAAAUACCGCAGAGAAUUACUGACCUUAAAAGAUGGAGGCCAGAUUGCACUUGAUUGGGCAGAUCAGGGUUGCUCCCCCACAUCUCCAAUAGUUAUAAUUCUCCCUGGAUUGACGGGAACAAGUCAGUCCGAGUACAUAAGGUGCCUUAUCGCAGCAUCCAAGAAGGCCGGGAUCAGAUGUGUUGUUUUUAAUAAUCGGGGACUUGGCGGGGUUCCCCUGAAGACUCCGAGGCUAUACUGUGCUGCUAAUUACGAUGAUUUUAGCGAAGUUAUAGACCAUAUCAAGGAAACCAAUCGAAGUAUUCCUCUCGGAGCGACUGGAGUAUCAAUGGGCGGAUUAAUUCUAGGGAAUUAUUUGGCUCAACACGGUGCAUCUGCAAGAGAAAAAGUAAACGCCGCAUUUAUCGUGUCGGCACCCUGGAAUAUAACGGAAGCUGUUAAGAGCUUCGAGAAACCAUAUCUCAAUUUACUGUUGAAUAGAUAUCUUGCUGAGAAUCUGUGCCAAAAUAUCAGACGAAUGGAGUCUUCCAAUAAUAUCAUGUUCUCGGAUAUAAACGUUGAAACAGUAUUGAAGAGUAAAACAAUUAAAGAAUUUGAUGCAAAUUUUACGGCAAAACACUUUGGUUACAAGGAUGUAGAUGAUUAUUAUGAGAAUGCAUCGCUUCAUAAUAAAUUACAUCUCAUCGAAGUUCCUGUUCUGUGUCUAAGUGCAGCAGAUGACCCUAUGCAACCACUUGAAGGAAUACCAGUGAAAGAAGCUCGUAAAUCUAAAAAUGUCGCUCUUCUGGUGACGGUACGAGGUGGCCACAUUGGAUGGCUCGAGGGAUUCUGGCCACUUGGCGAGAAAAGUUACAUAGGCAAACUUUUUUCCCAAUAUUUUGGCAGUGUUUUUGACGAGAUGAACGACAUUUACGAAUGCCACGAGUCGAACGAUUCCGAAGAAUUGCAUCCAACAUCGUUCAGAACAUAAAUUUAUUGAACAAUACCCAGCUCAUAGAGCUGAAGGAAAAUCAAUAUCACCAAGAAAAUAAAUCCUGACAAUUUAUAGAUUUAAAUAUUUAUUAAAAA